AUGUCAGUCAAUCAGAAGAAAUCUUCUAUUAUAUCCAAGCGGCAAAGAUCAAUAUUUGAGUUCACUCAGACAGGCAAUGAUAUAGAAGUUCAAAAUAGAUUCGAUUCUUGUGAAGUGAUAGAUCUUACUGAUGACGGGGAAGGUGUGAAGUUAGAAAAUGAAGUAAAUCCUGGAAUCCAAAGUAUGGAAGCACGAGAAGCAGAUUUUGAGCAGGUAAAUGAUAGAGACAAAACUAUAGAAAGAAAUGAACCAGAUGUUGAGGAGGUAAGUUGUCCUAUGUGUAACCGUAGCUUGGUUGAUUUUUCGAUGGAUAAUCGAAUUCUACACAUUGAAGAAUGCUUAUCAUUGAUCACUUUAAAGGAAGAGGUAUCAACUACAAACAACGAAUCUAGGGAUAUAAAGAAAGAAAAGACCAACGAGACAGCGAAGAAAGAUAUAAAUAUACCAAGAAAUAAGAGAAAAAAUGGCUCUUUGUUACCACAAGACAAAGAGAAAGAAAAAUACAUAAAUAAAAAAGCCAAAAUCGAAGAUUCAAAACCCAAAGUGAUAAAGCCACCAACGGCAAUAUCCGCAUCAAGAGCCAAAGCUCAGAUCCCCGAAGUGAAAAUAUUAACAUUUCCAUCAUCUGAACAAACGAAUUAUCAAAUAGCGGUAGAUGCUUUUAAUUAUUCUCUGCAUGAAUCAAUAAAGAAAUAUUUUCUAACACACUUUCAUUCUGAUCAUUAUGGUGGUAUCACUAAAAAGUGGUGUUAUGAAAGAGUCUUUAAAAAUGGAGAUGAUUUCGAGGAUGAAAACAAGUACAAAAAGAUUAUCUUUUGUUCUGAAAUCACUGGUAGGUUGUUAACUUUACGAUUUAGCAUUGAUACAAAGUUUAUUAUGCCAUUGCAGAUAAAUAGAAGAUAUUUAAUACAAAAAUAUGAUACUGAAUUUGAGACUGAAGAUGACUUCAUUCAAACAGAAGAUAUGACACUUCCAGGAUUAUUUGUUACGCCCAUAACCGCAAAUCAUUGCCCUGGGUCAGUGAUAUUCUUGUUUGAAUCAUUAUCGAACAAUGGAUAUAAGAAAAGGACUUUACAUUGUGGAGAUUUCAGGGUUAAUAGAGAGAUUUUAGAUCACCCAAGGUUAUUGCCGUUCAAUAUAGCUAAAAAUGACAAUCUAAGUCUAGAUCAGGUUUAUUUGGAUACUACAUACAUGUCUCCAUCAUAUAACUUUCCUAAACAAGAACUAGUAUGCAAAACUGUUUCUGAUAUGUUCUAUGAUUUGAUCAAUUCACAAGAAGAAGCUGAAAGUACAGAUUCAUUAUUCACUACUUGGUUCGGGGUUUUAAAGCAAUCAAGAAUCACCGAUUUUAUCGCUAAACGGGAUAGCCAGUGUAAGAAAAAAAAGUUUUUAAUUCUAAUAGGUACUUAUGUUAUUGGAAAAGAAAGAUUGGCUAUUUCUAUUCUGCAGAGAUUAGGUAAUUGCCCUAUUUAUGUUCUGACUAUUAACAGUCGAAAUGAUAAGGUAGACUUAGUAAAGUCCUUUGACAAUAUUUAUUUGAAUCAAGUAUUAACAAACGAUGAUAUAGGCAGAUCAGAUUCUGAAUGUAUGGUUCAUUUGGUUCCCAUGAAAAUUGUCAGUUCCAUUGAAGAAUUAUCGAAUUACUUUAAUCACAACAGAUAUUUUGAAAAAUUCGAAAGAUGUGUCGGACUUCGUCCAACUGGAUGGUCAUUUCUGAAUAAAUAUGCUUCGACCCUACGAGAAGAAGUACAAGAAGAUGAGAAUGAAAGCAAAUAUAUCUCAGAUUUGAGAAAUGUAAAUUCUUGUAAUGAUUUAGUGAAAAUAAUGAAAACCCAGCCAACAUUUUCAUUUAUUGAAAAUAUCUUGCCACAAUCCCCCUUACUGUCAUUAAUUUCAAAAUCAAAGAAAUCGAGUCAUGAUGAAUCUUUGUACAGAAUCUAUACUCUACCUUAUAGUGAGCAUUCUUCAUUUCGAGAACUAUCAUUCUUUGCAGUAUUUUUGAAGAUCAAGGAAAUUAUUCCCACAGUAAAUAUCAGCAAUGAAUCUAGCAUAACUGAAAUGGCUAGGAUAAUUAGAAAUUGGGAAUUAAUAAGGGAAAAUAAAAUGGCCCAAUAUCACAACAGAGGAUUAGAAUCUAAAAUUGCUCAAGGAAUUGAAGACUUAUGCAUAGAAGAUUUUUGA